CCAAAUCUACAAGACCAAAUAAAGAAACCCAAACUAUUUCUGCCAUUCCUUUACACCAUAUCUUGACAAAUUGUCCCUCCAUCUGGUACCAGUUCAAGCCCUACCUGGGACAUUGCUGCAAGCUCUCAUCUCUUUUGGAACCACUCUCAGUGGAAAAAAGAAAAGAAGAUAAAGGACAUGUGAAAAAGUCCAGACUGCUGUGAUCUUGAUAGCUGUUCAUAUUUCCUGGGUAGCAGAGCACUUAAACGAUGAUCUGUGCGAAGACAGACAAAGUUAUUUUUCUUUUCAAGGGUGCGACACAGUGAAACACAUCAACAAUCAAGUAAGAGCACAGGCAUUUAGGAAACACCCAGACCAGCAUUCUGGAUGUAGUGGAAGCCAUAGGACAGGAGUCUACGAAACAAGUGAAACAGUGCAAUUUGGCAAAAAUGGCCUGUGAAUUUAAUCUGAACUUCCUUAAGGAAUUAGAACGAGAGGCUGUUCUGGAAGUCCUGUACCGUGACCAGAUGGUGAGAAAAACAGAAGAGGAAAGAAUAAGGAAAAUGAAACUGCAGCUUCAGCAGCUUCGGUGGAAGGGGGCAAAAAGUGCAAGGCAGGAGUACCAGGAGAGAUGCUGUGCUCGCUGUCAGAGGUCGCUGGGGCUGCUGCUGAACAGAGGCGCGGUGUGCCAUGGCUGCAGCCACCGGGUGUGCUCCGAGUGCCGCGUGUGCCUGAGCCCCUGCCUCUGGAAAUGCACCAUUUGUUAUGCUCACGGAGACGUGAAAGUGAAGGCUGGUGAAUGGUUCUUUGAGGAACGAGCAAAGAAAUAUCCAGGUGAAGGCAGACAUGAAACAGUUGGUGCAAAGCUCUUGGAGUCUUACCAAAAUCUGAGUAAAAUUUCUGUCGUACCUCCAACGCCACCUCCUUUCACAGAAUCAGCAGCAGGAACCAAUGCGAUGGGAAAUGAACUUGGAGAGUCUAAAAGAUUUAAUAAGUCUGUGGAAAACUUGUUUUUGUCUCUCACAACACAUAUAAAAAAAAUAUCAAAGUCCCAGAAUGAUAUGGCUGACAGAUGUGUCCUAACAACAGACUGUGGGAAGAAUGUGGAAAGAAGAAAGCAGAGAAGGAGCCAGUCUGACACUGCAAUCAACAUUACAAGCAGGAUGAAAAGUACACCCAGUCUGCAACAGCUCAUCACUGGGGCCCAAAAUGACAGCAAAACUCAGAGCAAAAGGAGUUGGAAGGAGGAAGAAGACAUAACAACCAGUCCCACGAGUGAUACAGUUUUCUGUGAUGGCAAAAAACAUGGGAGUUUGUAUAGUCUUAGCAGCACUUGCACUGAGUCUGGCAAUUUUGGCAAGGCUACCGUCACAGGAGAAAUAGAGUUUGCCUUAAAGUACAACUUCAGAGCUUGCAUCUUGGAAGUUUGCAUCAAGGGAUGCAAGAACCUGGCUUAUGGAGAAGAGAAGAAGAAAAAGUGUAACCCGUAUGUGAAGGUUUAUUUACUUCCUGAUAAAUCUCCUCAGAGUAAGAGGAAGACAGCUGUCAAAAAGAGCACAGUGGAUCCAGAGUUUGAUGAGACUUUGAAGUACAAGAUUGAAUACUCCCAGCUGAGCGGUCGGCAACUUCAGGUCUCCGUGUGGCAUGCAGGAGCUCUCAAAUACAGGGUGUUUUUGGGGGAAGUGGUGAUUCCCCUGGCAGCGUGGAAUUUUGAAGAGGACUCGAUGCAGUUUGACUGGUACCCACUCAAACCCAAGCUUGAGAGGCCUGAAGAUGAUCUUAUCCAGUACAGCGGUGAACUCCUCGUGUCUGCAAGGCUGUUGGUCCCAGCCCAGUAUCAAAGCCUCCAGUUUGAAGGAAACAAAGACCAAGGAGUUCGCAAGUGCCAGCUUCAGGUUAUGAUACUUGGGGCCAAGAACUUGCCCAUGCUGAGAUCCACUGGAAUGCUGAACUCCUUUGUUAAAGGUUGUCUUAUCCUUCCAGACCAAGCAGAGGUAAAGCAAAAGUCUCCUGUCCUGAAGAAAGAAGCCUGUCCCCAGUGGAAACACUUGUUUGUCUUUGAUGGUGUGAUGCCAGCUCAGCUACAGCAAUCGUGUCUACACCUGACUGUCUGGCACAAGUCAACUUUCAGCUCAAAUGAUCAAUUCCUAGGAGGAGCCAAGCUUGGUGCAAAGGAAUUCUUUGGCUCUAUGGACCUUGCUUCUCAAGGAAUGCUCCAAUGGCAGGAAGUGCUCCGCAACCCAAACAUGUGGCUGGACUUCACACUUGUACUGCAUUCAAAUAAGGAAAACUUUAAAUCAUGAGAGAUUAUCGCACAGCAACUUUUCCUUUUCCAUGUCCAAUGUUUUAAACUGAAGUGGUACCUGCACUUCAGGUCUGGGAAGGGUACACUGCCACAGCACCUAUUCCAGUUUUUUGGGUAAUAGAAUUAUGUCUUUGAACAUGUGUCACACUCUGUUUUAUUUCUUCAAAAGUUAAGGCUUUUAGCCUGUGUCUCUAGCUGGCAUGUAAGGAUAAUAUUUUUUCUCCAGGAGUGACAGCCUCAGUUUGAGAUGGAUUAUGCUGACAAAGCAAGAGGAGGCAGAGAAUGUGCAGCUUUCAAUUUCCAGGCCUAGCAGAAAUGUUACUAUUUAAUUUAAAUCACAACUAGGACAAAGUGGGAGAAAAUAACUCUUACAACAAGAGAGCUACAUUAUUUCACAUUUCACUCUUCCAUUGAUGUUUUUGCCACAGAAUUCAAAAACAGCUUAUCUUUGUCAGCAUGCUUGCUGCAGAUGGGUGAUGCUAAUGCCUCUGUGCUUCAGCAUUAUCUACACUGCCACUUUAUUUCAUGUGAUCCUAAAACGCUUUGGCCUGUAGCCAUGUCUCUCAAAUGUGUGCUAUAGCAUGGUGCUCAAAGUUAAAUGUAUAAAUUCCCUGUCAAUAGCAGGGUGGGACUAGAGCCAAUGCAGUAGGGGGGGUGUAACAAGUUCUUUCUUAUCAGCUGUCCCUGUAAGACAGAAUUAACAGUUCUGAUCCGUAGGGUGUACAGCACAUGACAAAAGUUUAGCUACGUUUAUCAUUUCUUCAUGUGGACAAGCUUAGAGCCAAACUCCUGUGUCAGUUUGCCUUGCCUUGGAUGUAGCUUUACAGUCAGCAGAAACUUCUUGUGAACAACUGUACCUAGUGCUGCUGUGUUAUACUUUUAGUCCUUACUGCCUAUUCCCCCUUCUUCCUUUCUAGGUCAGUGUGGCUUUUAAGGAUUUGAGAUUUAAAGACACAGGGACUCAUAAGCUAAGCUCAGGAACUAAAAGAGCACAACUUAUUCAAAAUACACCCCACAGAAUAAACACUUCACUCUAUCACCUUUGUUACUUUGCAGAUCCUUUAUUUAGAUGAUUGCUGCUGCAAAUAAAAAAAAACCCACACAAGAUUCAACUCAAGUAUAACGCAGCAUAGAUAUUGUAAAUGGAAGAGGUGGCAACAUAUUGUAUCUUACUUUCUAACAGAUUUUCAGGGGGGCAAAAAGGGGAGAGUGGGGGAAGGAUGGUCACAGAAAUGCUCUCUACUAGAGAGAAUACAACUGUGAUAUAAACAAGCAGUCCCUUCAUCUUUGGAGUCUGAAACCUUAAAUCAAACAUUUAAAAAAAUUAGAAAAUUUGUUAGAAAAAUAGCUGCAGUAAAAUUGUAUAUAUUGGAUCAUGUGUACAUAUAACAGUUUUCAUUAAGUAAAAAAAUGAUCUUUACAAAUAAUGCUUUAUAGUAAAUAAUCAGCUGCACUGUAUCAGACUACAGUCUUGUUUAGGCAUUUUUACAGAUGCAAGUCUUAUUAAAUCUGAAAAGUAACAAAAUAUACAGAGCAAAACUAUUUCCCUUUAACUAGUACUGCAAUUCACAUAUUGCAUGUUUUAUAUAUAUAAAUACUACACUAUAAAUGAUCAGUAAUGAAGCUGGAAUGCAAAAACAGUGGUGUCUUAGAUUCCAGGAGUAUUUGCUACUUGUUACAUGAAGAGGGUAUCAGUGUCCCUAUGCCACUUCUGAGCCAUCACUGCAAAAUUUCUCCAGUUGAGAACAGCAACUAGAAGAUAUCUAAUUUCUACACAAAGUAGUUCUGAGGUGUUGUCAGUUCUUGGGGAGGGGUGGGGGGGGAAGGGGAGGGGGAAAUGGGCAUCAAGACCAAGGUUAUAACAGGAUCUACAAGCAUGUGUGCAUGGAUGUACAACACAUACAUACAGGUGCUUGCAAACCCCCAGUUCCACAGUCUGUCUGCUACACUUUACACUGUCGCUAAUCAUACAAAGACAUAUGGCACAAAAUUCACCCACAGAUGCUUAUCUUUUACACCAGGCUGAAUCCAGCACCUGCACAGGACACACAGCUUUAAAUAGAAGCACGGCCUGUUCAAAUUUGUCUUGCCUGAAGGGAGAUGUGACAUAAGGCCUUUUGGCACUAAGCAAAGGCAUGAGCAAGUUACCAGAAUCUGUGGUACGAUCAGUUUUAAACUUUACCAAAUUUCACAGAAGGUUCAGAAUAAAAGGGAGAUUCAAACACCUCUGGGUUUAGAGAACAUUGGUUAAGUGUAAUACAGUGACCCCUACUCAGGGAAAAAAAACCAAACCAAAAAAACAAUACAACAAAAA